AUGUCGGCCGCGGACAGUUUCACCUUCUUUCAUACUUUGCCCCCCCCAGAACUGCGACUCCGAAUUUGGAGGGACGCGCUGUCCGUACCGUCUGUCUGGGCCGCGGUUCACAAGAACAAUACAGAUCGCAACCUCACUGCAGGUUGCCUCCCCUUCAUUAUGGCCUACAUUGGCCCUGCGCCAUAUUUAGCUGGCCUGUCCUCCUGGGAGGCUCGGCGACUGCUGGAACAAUUCUACGUUAAACCCAUUCGUGGACCUUCCAGUGGUUUAGCGACAAGUGCUGGCUCCUACUGGGUCGAUCUGGACACAACGGUCAUCUACCUCGGCGAUUCUUUGGACGCAAUGACCGUCCUGAACAGCUUUGGAGCGGAUGAACUGUUAAAGUUCAAACAUGUCGCUCUACUAUGGAAUCAGUUUGGGAGCGUUGCCAGGACAUGCCAGCGUUUAGCGACAAUAUGUCCAGCCCUUCGCACCAUCAUCAUUCAACGUGACGAGACGGAGGCGGCAACCGACCAGCCACUUCGCCAACCAUUGAGUGUAGAGACGGCCGCCUACUAUGCCACUCUUCCUGGAUACCCCAGCCCUGACUUAGGAUAUGAAGAACUGGACGCCCCUUAUUUCCAGUCGCUCAUCCUUGAGUACUUCGGCGAUUCGCCUCCCAAGUUUCAUUUACUGUCUCCAGAUUCUACCAACCGUUCAUCAUAG